CUCCGUGGCCCCGCCCCCCCCUUGGCGCGGACGACGCGAGUGGGCCUGCGGCUUAAAGCGCUGGUGGUCGCGUAGUGGUUGAUCUCCCGGUCGACGACAAUGGCAAGCAGGCUGCCGAUGGCUCAGCUGCCUCCGCACGACCCGGGGACCCCGGCGCUGUCCGUGGUGGACAUGCACACGGGCGGCGAACCCCUGCGAAUCGUGCUGGCGGGGUGUCCGGAGGUGGCUGGACCCACACUGCUGGCCAAGCGGCGCUACAUGCGCCAGCACCUUGACUACGUGCGGCGGCGGCUUAUGUUUGAACCCCGGGGGCACAGGGACAUGUACGGAGCUGUGCUGGUGCCCAGCGAGCUGCCGGAAGCGCACCUAGGCGUCCUGUUUCUGCACAACGAGGGCUACAGCUCCAUGUGUGGCCACGCAGUGCUGGCGCUGGGCCGCUUCGCGCUCGACUAUGGCCUCGUGCCGGCGCCCCCGACCGGCGCCAGCGAGGCCCACGUCAACAUCCACUGCCCGUGCGGGCUGGUGACCGCCUUCGUGGAGUGCGAGGGCGGCCGCAGUCGCGGCCCGGUGCGCUUCCACAGCGUCCCAGCCUUUGCGCUGGCCACAGAUCUCCUAGUGGAUGUUCCUGGUCAUGGAAAGGUAGUGGUGGAUGUUGCAUAUGGUGGCGCAUUUUAUGCAUUUGUUAGUGCUGAAAAGUUAGGACUCGAUGUAUGUUCCUCAAAGACAAGGGACCUUGUGGAUGCAGCAAGUGCAGUGACAGAAGCCGUGAAAGCCCAGUUUAAAAUUAAUCAUCCUGACAGUGAAGACCUUGCCUUUCUAUAUGGAACUAUAUUAACAGAUGGAAAAGACACUUAUAGUGAGGAACCAACCACAAACAUCUGUGUGUUUGCAGAUGAACAGGUUGACAGAAGUCCUACCGGCUCAGGAGUGACAGCCCGAAUUGCUUUACAGUAUCACAAGGGGCUGCUAAAACUGAACCAGACCAGAGCCUUUAAAAGCAGUGCAACCAGCUCCAUAUUCACAGGGAAGGCUGUGAGGGAAACAAAAUGUGGUGAUUUUAAAGCUGUCAUAGUGGAAGUCUCUGGACAAGCCCAUUACACAGGUACAGCGAGCUUUAUAGUAGAAGAUGAUGACCCACUGAGGGAUGGGUUUCUUCUCAAGUGACUUCUGUGACUUUUAAGGGCGUUCUUUUUAAAGAAAUUAUUAUAAUUAAUUUUUCUCUGAAUUACCUGGGAAACUAUAUCCAAAUUGUACAUGUAAGACAACUUCUAUUCUUUCUAAAAUAGUACACUGUGGCUAAAUAUAAAGUCAUUCUUCAUAUUUGCAUGCUUGUAGAAUACAAAAUGCAGAAUACUUUUCUUCCUGUUCACACAUCAGGUAAAAAUUAAAACUUAGUUCUUGUUACUCUUAAAAUAUUAUUCUCUGGUAAUUCUAUGAUAUUUUGUAUUAAAUGUGAAUAAUAGCUUGAAUUGUAGCCCUUA